UCGAUCACAAGCCAGCACCAUUGAUUUUUCCUAGCAAGCUGCAGAGGACAGCAAACGAUCGUCGCCUUGCCUUGCAAGAUGGACCAGUGCGGCGUGGGCCUCUACGGCGUAGCCGAUCGCAUCGGGUACGCGACGGUGGCGUCGGCGCCGCCGAAGCGGCCGGCGGGGCGGACCAAGUUCCGGGAGACGCGCCACCCGGUGUACCGCGGCGUGCGCCGGCGCGGCGCCGCGGGGCGGUGGGUGUGCGAGGUGCGCCAGCCCAGCAAGAAGUCCCGCAUCUGGCUCGGCACCUUCGCCAGUCCCGAGGCCGCCGCGCGCGCCCACGACGUCGCCGCGCUCGCGCUCCGGGGCCGCGAAGCGUGCCUUAACUUUGCCGACUCGGCCGCGCUUCUCGCCGUCGAUCCGUCCACGCUCCGCACGCCCCAGGACAUCCGCGCCGCCGCCAUGGCGCUCGCCCGGGCCGCCUGCCCCAAAGACGCGACGAAUUCCUCUGUGUCCGUGGCGGCCGCGCCCGCGCCCACGACGAUGCUGAUGAUGCAGGAGGCCGCGGCGGCACCGCACGACAGCCUCGCCAUGUACGGCGGCUUGGCGGACCUGGACCAGCAUUCCCACUACUACUACGACGGGAUGAGCGGCUGCGGCGGCGACUGGCAGAGUAUCUCGCAUAUGGACGGAGCCGACGAAGACGGCGGCUACGGCGCAGGAGACGUCGCGCUCUGGAGCUACUGAUCGCGUGGGAUUGAUCAGGCAGUUUGUUCAUCUGGAUUCGCUUGCUCGUCAGUCCUCGGAAACCGACGAUCUAUCGGGGAGGUCAGCCUGAGCUCGGAGGGGAGUGUCGUGCGAAUGCACGCGGCACGCCAUAUACUCUGCUUUCCCUGUUCUUGAAAAGUGGUGCUAAAACUGCACAUAUGAGCAAGUUUUCGUAAGUGUAUAGUGUCAGGAAAGAUACGCCACCAGUUUGCUGACUGGUUUGAAACAAUCUAAGGGCAUCUACAGCCGUUGGCCCCGAAGGGGGGUCUAAAAGCGCCGCCCAGGGCCA